GAUAUAUAGCGUCGUUAGCCAUUACCCAUUCAAUAGAGCGAGGUCUUGCCAGUUGCGCUUGCGGCGACCAAAAACCUCUGUUGCCUAUCCCCAUUAUAUACACAAAACCCUCGCAAAGAUGAAUCGGGACAAGCUUAUGAAGAUGGCCGGUGCGGUACGAACCGGUGGUAAGGGUAGCAUGCGAAGAAAGAAGAAGGCAGUUCAUAAGACUACAACAACAGAUGACAAAAGACUCCAGAGCACCCUGAAGAGAAUAGGGGUGAAUGCCAUCCCUGCCAUUGAGGAAGUCAACAUAUUCAAGGAUGACAUUGUCAUCCAAUUCCUAAACCCCAAAGUUCAAGCGUCAAUUGCUGCCAACACUUGGGUUGUUAGUGGCUCUCCUCAAACAAAAAAGUUGCAGGAUCUUCUCCCUGGAAUCAUCAACCAAUUGGGGCCGGAUAAUUUGGACAACCUGAGAAGGCUGGCAGAGCAGUUCCAGAAGCAAGCACCUGGUGCUGGUACAAUCCAAGAGGAGGAUGAUGAUGAUGUCCCAGAGCUUGUGGCCGGAGAGACAUUUGAAGCUGCUGCUAAUGACGGUCAAACAGCCUAGAGAUUCUUAGGAAUUUUCUCUAUUUUUUUUUGACCUUUUUGUUUUGUGGCCUAGCUUUCCCAAGUAUUAGGUCUCCUUUUUCUUUGAAAAAAAAAUACUGUUUUAUUUACUCUUUUUGGACCUCUUUGUGACAUACGAGAAAUCAGUUACUUUGGUGGUGUUGACAUAU